AAAUGUUCUCAUACACAUUGAUGAGGGUGCACAAAUUAUGUUUUUAUUUAUUAUUUAUUAUUUAUUAUUUAUUCUCCCCUUUCCCUUGCUUCACAUUCCUCCUCCUCAAGUGCCUCACACCACUUCAAUGGAUAAUAAAGAAGAAGAUGCACCACACAACCAAAUCCAACCUCAAGGAUCCACCGGCGUUGUCUCAGAUUCUUCUGCUGCUUCUGCUGCUUCCUCGCUAUGCGAAAAGAUAACCGAACUCACUUCCUCGGUGUUGGAAACAUUCCGGAGGAAACCAGUCUCCUACCGCAUCCUCCUUGUUCUCAGCAGCGCGGCAAUGCUGACAGCAUUUCCCGCGUCGAGCCUCCUGUCUCGCCUCUACUACUCCGACGGCGGGCAGAGCAAAUGGAUCAUUUCGUGGGCUGCGGUCGCAGGGUGGCCGCUGACUGCACUCUUCUUGAUUCCCGCCUAUUUCGCGAAUCGAAUUUCGCCGACUCCGCUUUCGCUUAAGCUGCUGGCUUGGUACAUCCUCCUCGGCUUCCUCAGCGCCGCCGACAAUCUCAUGUUCGCGUGGGCUUACGCUUACCUCCCCGCGUCCACCGCUUCGCUCCUCGCGGCUUCGUCGCUAGUGUUCUCCUCCCUCUUCGGGUACUUCAUUGUCAAGAACAGGAUCAACCUCGCUUCCGUAAACGCGAUCGUGAUCAUCACCGCCGGCGUGGUCGUCAUAGCCCUCGAUGCGAGAUCGGACCGCUACGAGGGGAUCACCGACAAGCAGUACACUCUCGGGUUCGUGUGGGACAUCCUCGGCUCGGCCCUGCACGGCCUGAUCUUCGCGCUAUCGGAGCUAGUUUUUAUAAAAGUGCUCGGGAGGAGGUCUUUUCAUGUGGUAUUGGAGCAGCAGGUCAUGGUUUCGUUUGCGGCUUUCGCAUUCACAACUUUGGGGCUUGUCGUGCAGAAGGGCUUCGCGGAGAUGCGGUCGGAGGCGGAAAGGUUUGCGCGCGGGGGGAGUUCGUAUGCGCAAGUGCUUUUCUGGGCAGCAGUUACAUUUCAGCUGGGGGUGCUGGGGGGCACAGGGGUGCUGUUCUUGGCUUCUACAGUCUUUGCAGGUGUGCUGAAUGCAGUCAGGGUGCCACUGACCAGCAUUGCAGCAGUGGUGUUGUUUCAGGAUCCCAUGAGUGGGUUUAAGAUCUUGUCUCUGGUCAUCACAGUUUGGGGUUUUGGUUCAUAUAUUGUUGGCCACUCAUCUGCAAAUAAACCCUCCUAAUAAUAUGUAAUUUGUAAUUUGUUACGAUCGACCGUCGGGCGGUGGAUCGAUUACAGGAAAAGUCAGAUGACUCGAAUACCCUCCGAAAAAUUAUCGGAAUAUUUUAGGUCAUAGAAGAGAGGGGUGUUGAGUUAUUUUCGCUUUUGUGCGAGUGAAGAGCUAGUUGAUGAGCAAUUGUACAACUGCGGAAAUCAAAUGAGAAAGAAAAUAGAGAAAAUAUCAACUUAUGCUCCA